UUUUUGCUCCGAGAGUUUUUGAUGCAAAAAAUUGGUACAGAGGAUGGGGUUCUUGGCAUUCUUGAAGAGCAAGAAGAAAAAGAUUGAUGAAAUGAUGUUGAGGAAUCGAAUCAACCGUAUCGAGCGUGUAGCUAGGCAGCUAAUUGAGCAUGGAACACAAGAGUCUUCACCUGCAGCUAGUUUCAGUGUUUCUGCUCCCUCGCCUGGUAGCGAAGCAGAAGAAGAUGGUUCGGCCUCAGUUACACAUGAACAACAACAACAACAACAACCAAAGCGUGAACAGGGAUCAAUGAAGGAUCACUUUCCAACAAAUCCACAACCCGUUCCGCUUCCAUGUCCUCCUCCUCAGCAUGCUUCUGGAUCUUCGCUGCUUUCUUACAAAGCUUCCUUUGGUGAUGAUUCUUCAAGGAAGCUCCAAGCUACUGUCAACCGCCUUCAUCCUUCAACUCAGGUUGCUUGGAUUUCAUGCACGUGA